CCAUCUUCAGAGCUCAACAGGAAGUGAAGGUCAUGCAGAGGUCGCAGGAAGGCUAUGAAGCCUGAUAUGGACAUAAACAUGUUCACAGAUCCCAGAGCUGGGGAGAACCUCACGGUGCCGCCGAACCUGCCCCAGAAGGCCUCGGAGAACAUCGAGCAUUACCUCAUCAACCUCUUCCUGUCUGGGUUUUACACCCUGAGUCUGUUUCCUGUCGGCCUGGUGGGGAACUUCCUGAUCCUGGUGGUCAACCUGGCCCACCGGGGCCGGCUGUCGGCGCCAGACCUGUACUUCGCCAACCUGGCUGCGGCCGACCUGAUCCUGGUGGCCGACUCGCUGAUCGAGGUGUUCAACCUGAAGAAGGGUUACUAUGACAACGCCGGCCUCUGCACCUUCAUGAACCUCUUCCAGCAGGUCAACCUGUACAGCAGCGUCUUCUUCCUCACCUGGAUGAGCAUCGACCGCUUCGUGGCGCUGACCCGAAUAGCCGCCGGCGCAUGCACCGCACACGCCUGCCGCAGCUGCUGCCUCAUCUGGGCGUUCGCGGUGCUGCUCACCUUGCUGCCGUUCGCCGUCGCCCAGGUGCAGCACUACGGCGAACUCAACUUCUGCUUCGCCAACGUCAGCCAGGUGCAGUGGCUGGAGGUGACGCUGGGCUUCCUGCUGCCGCUCUGCAUCCUGGCCGUGUGCUACUGGAGGAUCGCGCAGGUGCUGCGGCGCAGCCAGAGGCAGCGGUGCUACCUGCAGCAGCGGCCCCGCCGGCAGCGAGCGCUGCGCAUGAUCGCCGCCGCCGUGCUGGUCUUCUUCAUCUGCUGGCUGCCAGUGAACGUCUUCAUCAGCGUUCACCUCCUGAGCGGCACCGACGCAGCGGGCGCUAACACGGCGGGCGCUAACACGCUGUGGGAGCUUUACCCGCUGACGGGCCAUGCUGUCCGGCUCGCAGCCUUCUCCAACAGCUGCCUCAACCCGCUAAUCUACGGCUUCCUGGGUGAAACGUUUCGGAAGAAGCUGAGGCUGUUUCUCCAGGAGAAAAGCCGCAGCGCCAAGCUGCAACGGUUCGCUUCGGAAAAACACAUUUAUGCUCCAGUUGCACCGACAUGUCAGCAUAAGACAUGCGACACAUGGAGUCCCUCCACUAAGUCCAGCUCUAACGGAGGCAAAAGCCUUGUGAUGUAAAGGCACUUUAAGGGACGAAAUGGAAGCAAGGACUUUAACUGAUGUAAAAACUGAGAAUUAUUUCUUUAUUUUUAAAUAAAACUCAAAGUUUCCAGAGCAAUGCUUCAUAAAAAAAUCCAACAGUUGAUGGCAUCUCAAUGUGUGCUGACAUGUGUGCUGGCACAUUUAAGCUAAUGUGCUAAUCUUUCCUUUAGCGACUUUAACAAAAAGGACAAACGUUGCAUUUUGAUGAGCACCAGAAUCAAAACUAUCAACACAAAUCAAAUGUGUUGGUCAAUGUUUGAUUUAUUAUGGUUCCAAAACA